UUUGACACAAACCCUCUGCGUGUGCAGGGUCUAUAUCUCCACUACUACUACUGCGGCUACUGUGACUGGUGGUAGUCUACAGCUGUUGUUCCUCUGGAGCCAUACACAGCACUAGUGAAGGAUGUGGCUCAUCUGUGCUCCCGCUCUUCUCUCUUGGGAAUGAAUGGCAGUGGGAUUGGAGUCAUUGGACCUGAGAGGCUUUCACACAAACUAACGCCAAAAGGCUAUGGAUGUUAUUGAACGAUAACAGCAGCUUUAUCUCUGUAUCAACAUAAGGCCAGUGAGGAACACUCAUAGAUGAGCCUUGGUUGGUCAGAAUCAGGGUCGUGAGAAGACAUGCAACACACGUCGUGUACUGAGGACCGGAUCCAGCAUGCUCUGGACCGAUGUCUGGAUGGGCUCAGACCCAGCCCCACGGCGCCACAACCCUGGAACGUCCUAAUGUGCACGGCGGGCCAGUCGUUGAACCGCUGGAGUCUGGAGGAAUUGGUGAAGAGAGACCCAGAGAACUUCCUCAUCCUCCUGCAGCAGAUCCUCAGGAAGACCCGAGAGGUCCAGGAUCAGUGUCAGUAUGAGCUAGUGGCUCCCCUCGCUAUCAUGUUCUCCUCCACUCUGUUACAGACCCCCUUCUGUCCCCCUGCCACGGAGCUGCUGGAGGAGGCCUGUGAGGUGUUUGGCUGUUUCCUGACUUGGCCAGAGCCUUACUGCAGCGUGUGUAAAGGACUGCUCUCCACCUUACACCAGGAACUCAAGGCCCCAGGCAUAUCCUAUCACAGACUGGUGAGAGAAGAGCAAGGCCUGGCCACCUCAAAACAUCGCUCAAAAACAAUGACGGUUCUGUUGAUGAACCCUAGUGAGGUGCCUCCUGAGUUCCUGUCUGUAGCAGACCAACUGAGUAGUAUCCAACGGUCCCAGAGAGAGACGUAUAUCACCCUGGUCAAACAUGCCUACCAGGCUACCCUGGGCACCAAGUACCCCCUGGCCAGCAUCCACAAAGCCCUGCAGGUCAAGAGCCUAGAAGUGCUGGUGGAGAUCUUCUCCAUGGUAACCGACGUCCUGGAGAUGGCCGCUGCCAUGGACGACCCGGCGAGAGGCCGUGAUCAUGUGACGCAGGGCCUGGAGGGGCUGAGGGAGAGGAUGGGCGUCCCAGCGUCCGAUGUCAGGAAGUCUGACGGAAUGCUGCAAACGCUACCACUGCCCACAGCCAAGUGCUACAUGUUUCACUGGGACAAGGACAACUUUGACAUCCUCAACACCAUUCUGGAGAACGAGCAUGACCUAACCAGCUUCCAGACCUCCAGUGGUCAGGGUGAUGGUGAGGAGGGGGAGGAAGAUGCAGAGUUCAACCUGGAGGAGGAAGAGGGAGAGGAGGAAGAGGGAGAGAAGGAGUUUGUACGUAGACAUGUCGGAGACAACGGCUGGAGCGUGGACCACCGAGCCUCCACCUUCUCCACCGUCUCCUCCCUCUCCACUGCCUCUAAAGACUCCAUGUACUCCAACUUGUCCGAAUCCUACACCCCCUCCAUUCUCUCAGUCACUUCCGGUAUCGACAGCGACUUCUACGAAGACCCCGAGGACGCCACCUCCAGCCCCUCACCUUCGGAACGGAGCCCAACAUCCGGCAAGUCAGCCAAAGCUUCGGCUCGUCGGAGCCAGCACUUCUCCCGUUUCUUCAAGACAAAGACGCAAUCCCUGACCAGAGCCAAGAGCCUCGGCAGCCCAGAUGCUACGGACUUUGUCCCUGUUCGUUCAAAGCGCUCCAACUCCCUCCCGCAGCAGGUGCACCUACGCAGCCCAGACUCCUUGUUCCAGACCCCCUGUACCCCCCAGGCCCUCAAGCACGUGUGCUUCCGCCGGAGGCCCAUCCUGAGCAGUGACGAGGAGGGUAACAGUAAUGCCACCACCCUGAGGGUGGUAGUGUUCGGGGCCGACCACGUGGCGGGCAAGGUGGCGAGGGCCUAUAGUAACCUACGCCAGAGAGAAAACGUUUGCCCGAGCCUCAGCAGAGCCUUCCGGCUGCAGUUCUUCUUUGUGCCUGUGAAGAGGGACGGUGUUGUGAGGUGCCCCAGUCCCAGGUGCCCUAGCCCCGGAGGCCAGUCGGCUAGCCCACGGAGAGGAAGUACAUCCUGUACAGAGCUCAACAUUCUUGGCACAGAAGACAGCACUAACGACAUAGCCCGUUUCAUUGGUAUGCUGGACCCCUGGUACGAACGCAACACCUUGAGCCUGCUCAGUCUACCGGCCAACGUGGUGUGUCAGCAAACCUCGAAGAUGGAGUCCGAGUUGUAUGAUAGUUCCUAUGAGGAUCGUCUGCCCAUCCUGGCUGACCUGGUGUUGUACUACUGUCGCCAUGCCACCAGGCCUGCACUGAUGCAGCUCUACCAAGCUGAGAUGACGUUAGCUGGAGGCGAGAGGAGGACAGAGGUUUUCCUUCACUCCCUAGAGCUGGGCCACACCGCAGGGACACGAGCCAUCAAGGCUAUGGGUGCCGCGAGCAAGAGGUUUGGGAUCGAUGGCGACCGGGAGGCAGUCCCUCUGAUGUUAGAGGUGGUUUACAACAGGGUGGUCAUCAGUGGGAGAAGUCAAUGGACGAAGAAAGACAAAGUGUGCACCUCCAUCAACCUGACAAAAGCCUGCAAGAAUCCAGAGGAACUAGAUUCAAAGAUGGAGUGCUUGCAGUUGACAAUGACAGAAGUACUGAAAAGACAAAACUCAAACAAAUCUAAGAAAGGCUACAAUCAGCAACUGAGUGUUACUGAGGUGAAGGUGGACAAGGUGCAGGUCAGUGGGACUGGUAACACCACCUUCGCUGUGUGUCUGGACCAGGAUGAGAAGAAGAUCUUCCAGGGUGUCACCAGGUGUGAAGUAUCUGUAUGCUACAAACCUGACAGCUCUACAGACUGGAGGUUAGACCAGAGUCUGUCCGCCCAGAUCCAGCCACUCCACCCCACCUUCUGCUCCCUACUCUGCCUGCCCAUAGCCACCUUCAGUGGGGCACAGCCCUGAGAGGGGAAGACUAGCCUUAAAAAUAUAUAUAUACUUUAAUGUAUUUAUGACACUUUUUUUAGACAGCUGGUAACAGAGGGGGAGUAAGUGGAGAUGAAAAGCCUGGAGUCUGUGGACCAGACUAAAAUUAAUGGAAGUGACUCUUUUUGGAGCCAAGGGACAUUAUGGCUGCUGGAUGGUUCAGCGUACCAUCCUCCUGUGAUGACUAACAUUGCCUGAGACCUACAGACCUCCGUUGGGCUAACACAGUCUUGUGACAUUCAGGAGACCGGGGUUCAAUACCCAGUUGCUAAAAUGGACACUAUGGAUUAUGUAAAUGAUGUACAUUUGUAUACUAUAUAUUUCUUCCCUCAAAAUAACUUCAACAUUACACUGUAGCUAUGCUGGUAUUGGUGCAAGGUAUUUGGAAGUACUGAAGUCCUCUCUUCCUGCACUGUAAUGAGCAAAGGUUUCCUGAAGUGGGACAUUUCUGAAAUAUCACAGUGACUUCUUUAGACCAGCAGGGGGAGUCCAUUGUGUUCACUUUCCCACACGAGAGUAACGUAUGUCAGGAUAAUGAGGUAGGAAAAGCAGCCUUUCUCAGGACUCCACAGACUCACCCAAAAGCAAUUAUGUUCAAUGUUGUUUUUACAUUUGAAUGUAUACAUUUUACAUUGUAUUAAAUAAUCCCAUUUUGACAUUCCAUUGUACAUAAUAUAAGAUGUAUCAUACUAAGUAGCACACUGUAAUGUUUAUUUGACACGGUAUUUGACAAAACAUAAGAUAUAUUUGGUUUAUUUAGCUGAUACCGUUGACCGCAGGAAAGGACAUAGAUAUUCCAGGAUAGAUUGACCUGGUGUCAUAGACCAGUCUAUGGUGCUACAGAAUAUACUCAUCCAGUCCUUUUGUUAAUCAGUUGUCUAAUUUAUUGUUGUCUACAGCUUUG